UAAGAACAGUUGUGUUGAACGGAGCGAUUUGAAUUUGUUCUCGAAGAAAAUAAUUACAAAAAAAAACCUGACGCAAAUAAUAAAUAAACAAAAAAUAUUUUCUUACUGAAUAUUGUGGAAUAUUUAUAUAUUCGUAAUACAAUUGUAUAUAUACAAUAUACAACAAAAUCAGCGGAUACCAAAAUAAUUGCCGAAAAAGCAUACGUUUUGCCAUGGACGUCGACGCCGAUGAGAUACGCGCUUUGGCUUAUCUGAUGGCGUUUAAGACGGCUUGCGUGAAUGUACCGUUUGGUGGUUCCAAGGGUGGCAUACGUAUCGACCCGAAGAAGUAUACUGCACAAGAAUUGCAAACAAUUACGCGUCGCUAUACAAUGGAGCUAUUACGUCGCAAUAUGAUAGGUCCGGGUAUAGAUGUACCGGCACCAGAUGUGAAUACCAGCCAACGCGAGAUGAGUUGGUUGGUGGAUCAAUAUAUUAAAACUUUUGGCUAUAACGAUGUAGAUGCAUUGGCCAUCACGACUGGUAAGCCAGUAGAAAUAGGCGGUAUAAAUGGUCGCACCGCCGCCACGGGACGUGGUCUAUUUAAGGCGGCUGAAUGUUUUAUUAUGGAUAAAGAUUGGAUGGAUUUAUUAGGCUGGAAGACUGGUUGGAAAGAUAAAACCGUGAUCGUACAAGGGUUUGGCAAUGUCGGUUCCCAUGCAUCCGUUUUUGUAGUGGAAGCCGGUGCCAAACUGAUCGGUGUUCAAGAAUUUGACGUGUCUCUAGUAAAUGAGAAUGGCAUUGAUCCAAAGGUAUGUGGCGUAUUGAAAAUAAAUAUCUCCAUGAUAAUAUUUUUUUAAUUUUCUUCAUAUACUUAGGACUUAAUGGAGUAUUAUGCAAAAAAUAAUAAAUCAAUCAAGGGCUAUACCAAAGCCACCGAAAAAGAGGGCAGUUUGUUGGGUGAAAAAUGCGAUAUACUAAUGCCUUGCUCUACGCAAAAGGUUCUCACUGUCGAAAAUGCUAACAGUGUACAAGCCAAGAUGAUUUUAGAAGGCGCUAAUGGUCCUUCGACGCCAGCUGCCGAUGAAAUAUUACGUAAAAAGAAUGUACUCAUUAUACCGGAUUUGUUUUGCAAUGCUGGCGGUGUAACGGUAUCCUACUUUGAGUACUUAAAGAAUAUCAAUCAUGUAUCUUAUGGCAAAAUGAAUGUUAAACGCGAGAAAGCCAUAAUCAACGAGAUAUUUAACUCCAUGAAUGAGUGCGAGGUAA